UGGAUUAAUGCAACCAUUCUUUCGCAGUUUUUCAAUUAUUUUCACCUCUUUUGUUUCAAGCUUUUUUACUUCCUCUUAUAACCACCUUGUGUUUUUCAAUCAUUUUCUCAAACAUCAACUGCCUUUCAUGCUAGCAUUACUGCGUAUCAGACGAAUUAUCAUCACUUCAAACACACACACAAAACUUUACUCAACAACAACAACACUACAACCACUUCAACAACCUCUCACAAAAACCCAAAUCAAAACCCUAGUUCUCAAAAACUACACCAAUGCCAACUUCACCAACCUCAUCAAAAACGUCGUCGCUUCACCCUCGGUCAUUUUCACUGCCAUCCAUAACAUCUCCUCCACCCCAACUCCCCAUCCCAACCCAUUUUUCAACAUCACCUCCCUUGUUCAAGAACUUCGCGAAAACCGCUUCGAUGUAGCAGCAAACUGCGCCACACUGAACCCACCUUCCACCCAAAACGGUUCGUUUUUGGUUUUACCUAAUUUGAAACUCAAGGUGGUUAUUGAAGCUGUUAGGAUGGUGUUGGAAGCUGUUUAUGACGAACGGUUUGUGACAUUUUGUUACGGUGGACGUUUUGGGAUGGGAAGACAUACUGCUAUAAGGUAUUUGAAAAACUCUGUUCAAAAUCCUACUUGGUGGUUUACUGUUAGGUUUAAGAAUCACAAAUUUGAACAUGCCCAUGUUGAAAAAUUGUGUUUUUUUAUUGAACGGAAAGUUAAAGAUUGUGUUUUUAUUGAUUUUAUUAAGAAGUUGUUUGAAUGUAAGGUUUUGGUGAUUGAAUUGGGUGGGAAUUGGUUAGGAAAAGGGUUUCCUCAGGAAUGUGGGUUGUGUUCAAUUUUGAUGAAUGUUUAUUUUGAUGGAUUUGAUAAAGAGAUUCAAGAGAUGAGGCUUAGGGAAAAUCGAGAGAAUCGUGAAUUGGAUCCGAAGAUGGUUGUUGAUUCUAGUUUAGGUGGAGCUGAUGUGUUUUAUAAGCCGGUUAAGGUGUAUGCGGUUAGGUAUUUGGAUGAGAUACUUGUUGCUACUUCGGGGGGUUCGAAGUUGUUGGCUAUGGAUUUGAAGAUGAAAGUUGUGAAAAGUUUGGAGCUUGGUUUGAGUUUGCGUGUUGAUAAGUUGAACACGGCAAUUCAUAGUGCGGUGUCGGAGAAGAUUGAGUUUCUUGGGAUGGAGUUACAGGCUGUUCCUCCGUCGGUUUUACGUCCGCCUAUGUCAGAGAAAGCAAUCCGAGCACGAAAGAAGUACCUUAGACAGAAGGAAGUUAGAGCUCUUGAGUUCAAAAAUGCUAGGGCGAGGAAUAGGAGGAUAUUAGGGUUGAAGAUAUUUAAUCAUGUUUAUAAGAAGAUGAAGCAAAGUGAUGGGUUUAAGUUUGACUACAGUAUUGAAAAUGAAGUCCGGGAGAUUUUUAAGUCUUGGGGAGAUGAAGUUGUGCAAGAGUUCUUGGGGAGCGUGGAUGAGUGUCAAGAAUGGCAUCGGAGUUUAACGGCCGGUGAUUUCCUUUCCUUGAGACACAUUAGAAAUCAGUUACCGCCUGAGCUCGUUGAUGCUUAUGAUAACUUCCAAGAGCAGGUAGACAAACAUUUGAAUCCUGUAAAACUCAGGAAAGUAAUCGAGGAAAAAGAAAGAAAAGAAAAGCAAGAGGAGGAACAGAAAUAUUCAAAAGGAACAGUUGAGGAUUUGACUAGGUUCUGUAUGAAAGUCGAUGCACCGCUAUUACUCAUAAGAAAAGCUGUGAGGUUGCUUGCGUUUACGAAUCAUAUGGGCCGUCCAAGACCUAUUGAAUUCCUUUUUGCUCUUGAGGAUGCCGAUAUUAUCAAGUGGUAUGCUGGCAUAGCAAGAAGGUGGCUUGACUUCUUCUGCUGUUGUCACAACUUCAAGGUGGUCAAAACUAUUGUAAGUUAUCAUUUGAGGUUCUCUUGUAUCCUGACAUUAGCAGAGAAGCACGAAUCCACUAAGCGUGAAGCUAUAAAGCAUUUCAGCAAAGAUUUGAAAGUCUAUGAUAUGAAUGGAAAUGAUGAAAUACAUUUUCCCACAGAAAGGGAGGUUAAGAUGAUGGGAGAUAGAAAUCUUUCAGAUCCGAAACCUGUAGAUGGAGUUUUAUCCUUGGCUACAGUAAGGCUUGCAUCCGACGAGCCUCCCACACAUUGUAUUGCCCAUUUCUGUGACAAGACAACUACAGUCUUCUAUCGGGUCCGAUUGCUACAAAACAGAUUGAAUGUGAACCCUCUGGAGAAAGAAAAAUGGGUGCAAGGGAUGGGAGUAAUUCAUGAAAGCCUGAACCAAAAGUGCCUCCCACUCUGUACCGAUCAUAUACAUGAUUUUUACUUGGGAAGAAUCACUCUUCAAGACAUUGACUGUACCUUGUGUGGAUGUCGACUGACUGACAGUUGCUGUUGCUAACUCAUUUUUUACUUUGAUUGGUACCUAUGAAAUUGCAAUUCUACAGUGUGGAUGUUAAUGCAGUUGCACACAAACUUAUUGCUCGUGCUGGUGUGACCAAAAUGCCAACCAUACAACUAUGGAAAGACAGCAAGAAACAAGCUGAAGUCAUUGGUGGGAAUAAAGCAUAUUUGGUAAUAAAUGAGGUUCAAGAGAUGAUUCAGAAUGAGUUCACCAUGUGAGUUUUUACCGGUAAAUGGUUUUAGGUAACUUUUUUACCCGUAAAAUGCAACAAAAAAGAAUGGCGGUUUUUCCAACUAUCCCCUUAGAUUGUACGAUGUUAAAUGUGUAUAAUUGGAAUUCAAAUGGAAUUGGAACAUGGAAAAGAGAAAUGAGAAAUAGAUAUAAACAAAAGAACAUUAUUAGUUGUGAACACAUGCAAAUCUACUAUGUAAUUUAUUUUCAUUGA